CGUAGCUUCUCCAUAUUGAAUUCUUGACAGAUUGGCUUCGGUAGAAACGUGUUGUUUCAUCGUUUUAGUUUAAUUUUUUAGUCACAUAUUUCACGAUGCCGUCAAAGGCUGAAGAUAUUAUGAAAGGUUUCAAAUUAAAUUGGAUGAAUUUAAGGGAUGCGGACAGUGGAAAGAUAUUGUGGCAGUCCAAUGAUGAUUUAUCAUCACCAGAUUCAGAACAUGAAGCACGGGUACCUAAAAAAAUUCUCAAAUGCAGAGCAGUGUCAAGAGAGGUAAAUUUUUCAUCACUAGAACCCAUGGAGAAAUUUAGGCUGGAGCAAAAAGUGAUGUUCAAAGGAAAAAUUUUGGAAGAGUGGUAUUUUGAGUUUGGGUUUGUAAUUCCUGGUUCUACGAACACAUGGCAGUCAGUUAUAGAGGCAGCUCCCGAGAACCAGAUGAUGCCAGCUAGUGUUCUCAAUGGCAAUGUGUUAAUAGAAACUCGAUUUUACGAUGGUGAUCUCCUGGUCAGUACGUCGAAGGUGCGGAUAUUCUACGUAUGAUUCUAGUCAUUACCAUCUCGUCGUACUAUCCGCCAUAAAACACUCACAGGUUAACCCAGCUCAUCUCCUCAUCACUGAGCUUGGGAAGACCACUGCUAAAACUAUUCCUCUUUUGCAGAAUCUAUAAAAACUGCAAAUGUUAUACAUGUGAUACUGAAUACAUCUUGAUGCAGUGCAAACAAAAAUAGUGUCAUAUUAAGGAUCCUGCCAAACAUGGAUAGAUAGUACAAGUGUAAAUAAUCUGUUUUUCUGCUUUGUCGUAUCGUACAAUAAAACAGAUGUUUUAAGCUGGCAUUUAGGAAUAAAAGCUUGGGUUGUAAUUGACGUAUGGAAGUUGAAGGUGCCAUAGACAAUUGAUAACAAAUUCACCAGAAAGUUAAUUUGAUAAUUUAGCCUUUUAAUUGAUCUGUAUUGUGUGACAUUUUAUUUGACCGACAAAAACUGAAUUGGCUCUACAUUGACAAAAACUGAAUUGGCUGGACAUUACAACUGCCAAAUGAUUAACUCUUUGUCCAGCUUAACCUGUGUAAGAGAACAUACAUGUAAGUGUUGAUGCAAUGGUAUGGGGAUGGGGAAAAGCCCCCCCCCCCCCCCCCCCCAA